CCCACAGAAUAUUCUGUGCUGAGGCGACUGAGAUUUAGAAGAUUUAGUUGAAAAGUGGGGACUGCAGGCAGUUGUUUUCGAUUAAUGGAACGAAUGUCCAAGUGAAAAUUACCCUAUUAACUGCAAUGAUAGCGAUCUGGGCAAAAUCUUAACUAUGCUUCCUUACAGGGCUUCUGUGGUUACGUCAUCGCCCCUUGGCAAUAUUGGUUAAUUCAAAUUUUCCACAAAAUGACGACUAUGGGCAUAUUCAGCAAACAAUUUUUGAAUAUUUUUGAUAAAUCUGCCAAACUUGUGCUUCUGGACGAAGUCGCUGAAGAAGACGAUAUUAAUCAAAAAUCAAAGCAGUGGCGUUCCAUUAAAAGUGAUAACAAACUAUCUUGUUCGUAUUGUCUCACGCAAUUUGAAAGUUUAAAGCAACAAAGGAUGCACUAUAGACUUGAUUGGCAUCGAUAUAAUUUAAAACAAUCUUUGCAAAACAAGCCGCCGAUCAGCGAGGAGGAAUUUAUUAGGAAAAACGACAAAGAUGAUAUUUCAAGCAUAUCUGGUUCUGAUUCCGAAGAAGACGACUCUUUAGACACUUUUGCUACCGCCUUGGGAAAACUUUUUUUGCAGAACAAGGAUGAUCGAGUAUUUUCCUUGUACCGGUGUCUUUUAUGCGACAAAAAAGAGGAUCUGGCGAGUGUAAAUUUUUUUGAAAGAUUUAGAGAAAAAUGCAUCGGUAACAAGCAAUGGACGAUAUUGAUGUUGGGCGGAGGUCAUUUUGCCGGAGCAGUUUUUACAGAGAAUGAACCGAUACUCCAUAAAACAUUCCAUUGUUAUACGGUUAGGUCUGGCCAAGGCGGAUCGCAAUCGUCUAGGGAUGCCAAGUCCGGUGGUUCCCAUCCUAAAAGUGCGGGAGCCUCUUUGAGGAGGUACAAUGAACAAGCUCUAGUUGAGCACGUGAAGAAUAUUGUAACGACGUGGUCCAAAGAAAUAAAAGCUAGUAGCUUGAUCAUUUAUAGAGCGUCCGGUCCCUAUAAUAAGUCGGUUCUAUUCGGAGGCAAAGAACCGCUCCUGGAUAGAGGUGACGUUAGGUUGUGCACUAUACCGUUUUCAACCGGUCGAGCUACUUUUGCCGAGGUCAAACGUGUUCAUUCCGUCCUCAGCCAAGCACACGUUUACGAUUCGAUAAACGCGGCCACAAAGCUGUUCUCCAGUCAAAAAACGCCGGAAAAUUCAAGCAGAAGAAGCAAAAUCAAGUCGGGAGGCAUAAACAGGGCAAAAUCUCGGGAGAUUGUGGAAAGACCUCUUCCUGGACAAUACACGAGAGAAAACAGCGGCGAGGACGUGUUUAAUUCUGUCCUUUCCGACGAUGCGAGCGAUUUAGAAGACGACAUAAACGUAGAAACCACGGAGAUAUCUUUUCGAGGUUUGCAAGAAUACGACGACAGCUUGACGCCGGAACAAAGAAAAACGGGACAGCGGAAAAAGAAACCGGCGAAAACUAAGAAUCAAAAAUGGCGCGAAAAGGAAAACGAGAGGAAACGAAAAAUUACCGACGUGCUCGUUAGGGGGAACGUGAUCGAGCUAAAGGAAAUGUUGAACGACCGACUAAAGACUUUCGAUAGUGCGACGAUCUCGCGGACAGAUGUAGCAGCUGAAUUUUUCAACGAAACGUUGGACGAGAUUGGAAAUAGUUUUCUCCACGUGGCGGCCAUGAACGAGCACGAGGAAAUGCUGCGGUACCUUUUGGAAAACGAGGCGGAUCCGUGUUUAAAAAAUAAGAACCAACAAACCGCGUAUACUUGCACCAGCAGUAAACUCGUCCGGGACGUCCUGAAAUUGUACGCCAAAGAAAAUCCCAACAAACAUAACUACAACAAGGCCCAAAUUCCGAUAAACGCUCUAACAGACGAAGAAAUUGCGGAAAAGCGAAAAGAACAGAGGAAAGUGAAAAGAGAGAAAGAAAAACUUAAAAAGAAGGAAAUGUUCGCGAAACAGAAGGAAGAGGAUGAGAAAAAUCGCUUUCUAAACUUAAGUGACCGAGAAAAGAGGGCGCUGGCGGCGGAACGGCGCAUUUUAAGUAGCUCAGGCCUGGUGGUUGCGCGAUGCUUCUUAUGCGGAACCGACAUGGCAGGCAAAGUACCUUUCGAGUAUUUGGAAAACCGAUUUUGCAGCAUUGAGUGUCUUAAAGCGCAUAGAUUACAAAGUAUGAUGUAACGGAGGCAAUACAAAAAUCGACUAAA